CUCUACUCGACCCCAGGUAUAAAAAUCUUUUUUUCUCUAACACCAACACUCCUGCAAAUGCCAUGGAGAUGCUGAUGCGUGAGCUGUUGAGGUCGUCUAGAGAAGAGGAGAAUCAUGACCUGCACGAACCUCCUGCCAGAAAACCACGCAGGGACCAGGCAAGCAGCAGCCUGGACAGUAUAUUUGAUGAAAUAGCAGAUGAGCAAGCACCAGUCUCUAAACAGAGCAGAGAUCAAGUAGGUUCUACUGCACAAUUAGAGACAUACCUAGGGGAGACCACAAUUUCUCGAGAAGACAAACCACUACAAUACUGGGCAGUUAACAAAGUGCGGUUCCCUACUCUGGCCAAAAUGGCAUCCAGAUACCUCUCAGCACCAUGCAGUAGUGUUGACAGUGAAAGGCUGUUCAGCUCAGUGUCACAUAUUGUGAAUGACAACAGAAACAGAAUCACAGCUGAUCAUGCAGAGAUGAUUUUGUUCAUCAAAAAGAACCUGCCUCUCAUUCUCCCAAAAAGUACCUAAGCUAGUUCAGAUCACAUUGCUGACUGAAAUGUUCGUUUAAUUGAAACAAGGGAGCUGUCACUGUGCCACAUAGUUUAAUUGUUGUUUAAUUGAAAUAUGCAGUAGUUUAAUUGAGA